AUGGAGAAGAAGGAUAGGGAAGAUGCCGCGCAGGAAGGCUCCCUGAGCUCUCCUGAUGUUCCACCCGUGUCGCAGACCGCCUCACCGCUGACGCCGGAGGCCGCCGACCAGGCAACGUUCAAGCCAGAGUCGCCGCCUCUAGUAAUCGAAGUUUCGGGCUUCCUCGAGGUCGUUGACGUCAAAGGCCCGCCUUCGCUCAGUAUCAAGUCUGUCAACUUGCCAGGGGCCCCGCGAAGACAGUCCGGCGACUCAGUCUCUGGAAGGACCCACGCCACUGAGCGGCGCACCUCCGCAGUAGGGAAGAAAGCCGGCGAAGAGAAACCUGAGGCAGAAAAACAGGAGCACGCGGUUCGCCAGGGGCUGACAAAGAAGGCGGCCCCCGCAGCCCCGCAGGCCAAGACGAAGGCCGCCACAGCCCAGCGUCUCGGUUUGAAGAAGCCAGAAGAGGCAAAAGCCAAAGAGGAGGAAAAGGACGCCACGACUGCUCACCGACUGGGAGCUGCAAAGAAGGAAGAGGCGGCGAAAGAGGAAGAAGGCCAUCCUGAGAAGGCUGCGAUGAAGGCGAAGGUUUCCCCGAAAAAGCUUGAGCCGAAGGAGGACGCCACCGAACCCAAAGCCAAAGCGAAAGUUCUUGUUGCAAAGAAGGCGCCAGUCGCCGCCAAAAAAGAAGAAUCCGAGGAGGAAAACAAGGACGACCAAGAGGGCGAAAAGGAAAAGCUGGAAGAUAAAGAGCCAGAGAAGAAGGAGGCCGCAGCGCCCAAGGCGAAAGCUAAGACCCUCGUAGCCAAAAAAGCUCCAGGGCUGAAGAAGGCGGAAAGCGGUCACGAAGCCAAGGACGCGAAGGAAGAGGGUGAGGCGAAAGAAGAUAAAAAAGUGGAGACGGCGGAUGGAAAGGAGGCCGAGAAGAAGGAGACGCCAGAGCCGAAGGAGAAGGCUAAGGUUCUCGCAGCCAAGAAAGCGCCAGUGCUGAAGAAGGCAGGAAGUGGUCAGGAAAAAAAGGACGCGGAUACGAAGGAAGGGGGCGUGGAGAAGGAAGUCGAGGAGGGGGAGAAGAAGGAAGGCGUGGAGGGGGAGAAGAAGGAAGGCGUGGAGGGGGAGAAGAAGGAAGGCGUGGAGGGGGAGAAGAAGGAGGCGCUAGCGCCCAAGGCGAAAGCGAAAGCUCUCUUAGCAAAGAAAGCGCCGCCAGCUGCUAAACAGGAAGAUAAAGACGAGACGAAGGAGGACGACAAAAAGGACGGAACGAAGGAUGACCUGAAGGAAGCGAAGGAGGACGAGAAGGAGGGUGAGAAGAAAGAGACACCAGAGCCCAAGGCGAAGGCCAAGGCGUUGUUGGCUAGGAAAGCCCCAGCGGUGAAGAAGCCGGAGAGCGGCCACAAAGCCAAGGACGCGGAUGUGAAGGAGGGAGAGGAGAAAAAAGAAGGCGAGAAAGCAGAGAAGAAGAAAGGAGGUGAGGAGGCAGAGAAGAAGAAGGAAGGCGACGCGGCAGAGAAGAAGACGCCAGACCCCAAGGCAAAAGCAAAAGCUCUUUUAGUAAAGAAAGCGUCACCGGCUGCUAAGGCGGAAGGCAAAGGCGAGGCGAAGGAGGAAGCAAAAGAAGGUGAAUCGAAGGCCGGCUUGAAGGAAGCGAAGGCGGACGAGAAGGAGGGUGAGAAGAAAGAGACACCAGAGCCCAAGGCAAAGGGCAAAGCGGUACUGGCAAAGAAGGUGUCCCCCAAGGCAAAAGCUGAAGAGAAAGACGGAAAGAAGGAAGAAAAGGAGGGUGAGCCAACUGGCGAUAAGGACGCUGACGCGGGCCUGCCAGCCAAAGAACUAGCAAAAACUGCUGCAGCUAAGAAGGCGGUUUUGCUCAAGGCUAAACUAGGCAAGCUGGACGCAGAGAAGAGUGGAGAGGUGGAGAAACAGAAGGCGAUGGUGUCGCCCAGGGGGACAAAGGUCGUGACCAAGGCAUCGACAAAGAAACCCACCGCGCCUGUCUCGAAGGCGAGUGGAGCGGCAGAGGUGGACGCGGGCGCUAAAGCCGAAUCGAUCACCGAAGGUGUCAACGACAAGAAAGGCGAGAGUCAGCCAGACAGUGCCCUGACAGUCGAGACACUGCAGGAUGAAUUGAAGGGAGCUGCAGAGGGACGGGAGGGGGUGGCAGUCGUCGAGCCGCAGACCAAGGCGUUGGACAGCGUGUCGACUUUGGAGUUGGUCGCGAAGCUCAUUCAGAAGGAGCAAGAGCAGGAGGCGGAGAUGCAGGAAGGUUCGCUCACGCCAGCCGCCGCGCUCAAGGCUAAAAUAUCUGCGAAAAAGGCGGCACAGAAACCUGUGGCUAAAGCAAAGGCUGAGGAGACCGCGGCUGCUGUUGAGGAGGUGACUGCAACGGGCGACAAAAAAGCGGCAGCUCCAGCCAAAAAAGUCGUUGCAAAAAAGGCGGCUGCAGCGGCUCCCCCGUCGAAACAGGGCAAGCCGGAAGACACAAAAAGUAACUCCGCAGUCCAGAAGCUAGAGAAAGAGGAAGCUCUGGCGACACAGGAUGCGGAGCCCGCCGCUGCGGCAGCGAGCCCUCGCAAACUGAUGGCAAAGAAGGCCGUCACGCCUAAAACGAAGCCAUCGGCAUCCACCAAAGAGGAAGCGGCAACAAGCGAGGAAAGGGAACCCUUGAAUGUUGCGAAAAAAGCAGCCAAGAAGGUGGUAGCAAAGGGGGCAAAAACGCUGGUGGCGUCGAGGCGCAGCUCCGAAGAUUACCUGGGCGCAGCGGAGAAGGCGGCAAAGGGGGCAAAAACGCCGAUGGCGUCGAGGAGUAGCUCCGAAGACGACGUGGGCGGAGUGGAGAAGAAGAAGAAGAAAAAGAAGGCGGUCAGCUCGAAAGACUCUUCUGCAUCGUUGUCCGCGGAUGAAGGCAGCCCGAAGAAAGCCAAGAAAGCCCUUGUUAAGAAGGCUGCGAAAGGGAAGGCAAAGACUGCGACAGCAAAGGAGGCGAAGGACGCCCCUGCCCUCGUCAAGCAGGCUUUAAACGAAAAGGAGACCAAGAAAGGAUCCAGCGAGGCGGCAAAGAAAGGCGAGGGAGCGACGGCUGCACCGCCCAAGGUCGCGAAGCCUCAGCCAGUGACCAAGAAGACUGUGUCUCUUGUGGAUGACACUCUCGUGAGUCAAGAGGAUACCCCUGCCGCUGCGACUGCCCCUCGUUCCAGUGCCGUCGCUGCCGACCAAAGCAAGGACAAGCCAAUAGCUGCGAAGCCUCUCGUCGAAGGCGGCGGACCCGCCGGCAUGACUGCGCCUUUGGCGAGCACUACUUCCGGCAUGGCUGCGCCUCUGGCAAGCGCCGCCGGUCAGGAUGUUGCGUUGACGAGUGCUGCCACGGUGGGCCUAAAGGCCGCGAGCGCGGACCAUCUAACGACGAGUGCGGCGGCGGCCAUGCAAGAUGGGCAGCAGGUACUCCCCACCGAAAGUCGGAGCGUCGGACGAGCGUCUCGAGUCGGUUCGUCGGGGGCGGUUGGUGCCAAGACGCCCACUCUCGGCAAGAGGCGAUCGGAGGCAGAAGCCAGCCCGGUUGAACUGCACGGCGUCGCCGAAGCUGUCAAACCCGCGGGAACGCUCUCGGAGGAACAUUCGCUGACGAGCGUUAGCGUGGCGCCGCAGGGUGCGCCGGCGGCUGUAGACACACAUCUGCCUGCUCCCGAAGCAGAGGGCCGCUCCAGCCCGGAGUCCCGCGUGUCUCGAGUGUCUACCGCUACGUUUGGUAGUGACCGUCCCCAGAGGAGAACGGCCUGUCGUGCGGGCUCUGCGGUUGCGCUCGCACCAGGCCACAGCGCCGUUCUUACACAGGCCGGAGGAGCGACAACGUCGCCAGCCCCUGGAGCGGAAGCUGGAGUGUCUGGCAUAGGUGCUGAAGCGCCAGCGUCGCCAACUCCCAGUCGUCCGAGCUGGUGCCAGUGCUGCAUGCCCGCACGAAAACCAGAUUACUCGUAUCGGACCAAACCGCUUCCAAAGUCCGCGAUUCUGUCACAGCGACUGGUGACGCCGGAUAUUCAGAAACGUCUAGAGCAGCAUUCAGCUGUCAUGCUGUUCCCAGGCAACGUGUGGGUGCAGCCGCAGCCGCACCACAAAAGCCACGAUCGCGUCCCGCCACCGCGUCCACUAACUAGCUCGAAGGCCGUCGAUUUCUUCGCCAAACUCGGGUUCGCGACGUGCUGCUGUGAACCGUGCUUGUCGAGUCGCGAACGCAGUGGCCCUGCUCCGGCGCCCGGCGUGACACACACAGAUGCAGGACUACCUCUGAGGCGACCGUCGUCUCAGGCGUCGCGUGCCGAUCUCGCAGAAACCGCGGCAGUCGGUGCUGACAGCCAAGGUGCAGAGGCUAGCGCCACUCAGACGGGUGCCGCUGCUGAACCGCGAGAAGCUGAGGGUGCGGGGGGGCCCCAAGUCACCGCAGAUCAGCAGCAGGAACAGCAGCAGUGGCAGGGCUACUACGACGAGAACGGCCAGUGGAAGUCGUAUAACUAUGGAGGCUACUACGAUCAAGACGGUAACUGGGUGCAGACGCAAGACUAUGGCGGCUACUACGAUGAAUCUGGAAACUGGGUGUGGACCAACCAGACUCAGGGCGCUGCGGAGCAGGCGGCUUCUGGCGCAGAACAAGCUACUGCGCAAAGUGGGUGGACUCAAGCAGCUGACGGAACGUGGACAUAUGACGCGAACGCACAGGGAUACGGUCAGAAUGAUUAUGGGGGCCAGUACGACCAGUCAGCGUACAACUACUACCAAGGCCAUGAAGCGUACGGUCAAAACGGCGCGGUUUCCGGAGCAGAUCAAAGAUCAAGUGAGCAGGCGGGAUGGGAUGCCAAUGCAAACUGGGGAGCCCAAACCGGGUACCAUCAGAAUGCGUACUCGGGACAGGAUCAAGGCGGUUAUGAUCAAGGUGCGUAA